AUGAGCAUCUCAUCUGCGAAUGUACAAGCACCUAAAGACAGCUGUGCUUUAGGUGCUUGUACAUUCGCAGGUCAGAAUGCUUUGUUUCCUCGAAUUUUUGAACAUGAAGCUGGAGGGGUCGUGGAGAGUGUUGGGGAAGGAGUGACUGAGCUUCAGCCCGGAGAUCAUGUCCUCCCCGUUUUCACCGGAGAAUGCAAAGAGUGCGUCCACUGUAAAUCCAAAGAGAGCAACAUGUGCGACCUUUUGAGAAUCAACACCGAUAGAGGAGUCAUGAUUAACGAUCAAAAAUCUCGAUUUUCCAUCAACAGAAAACCCCUUUCCCAUUUCAUAGGAACUUCACCAUUCAGUGAAUACACCGUCGUUCAUGUUGGCUGUCUCGCCAAAAUCAACCCUCUUGCUCCUCUUGACAAAGUCUGCAUCCUCAGUUGUGGGAUCUCCACAGGUAUAAAAAGAAAUCAUAGUAUCCUCUGA